AUGGUGCGUCGAAGGAAAGCAAUCGCAAUCAAAAAGCCGGACUCUUCCAGCGGUGGUUUUCAAUUUUUCGAGGCAACCGAGAAGCUGGGUAUCUGCGAUUCUGGAAUCGUAAAAAUGGAUCGGACCAUGUUGAUGGUCGAUGGCAAGUUUCCAGUGGGUCGUAUUCACAGGCAACUCAAGACCAUAGUUUCUGCACAUGGUAGAGUUGGUGCCAAUGCUGAUGUCUACACGGCUUCAAUCCUUGAAUACCUAAAGGUUCUUGAGUUGGCUGGAAACGCGAGCAAAGAUCUGAAAGUGAAGAGGAUAACUCCAUGGCAUUUGCAGUUGGCGAUCAGAGGAGAUGAGGAGCUUGACACACUCAUCAAAGGAACAAUUGCUGGAGGAGGUGUGAUCCCUCACACCCACUAG